GAAACCAAAAUUUGUAAACAAUGGUGAACAAUUAAUCUUCGUUGUGUUUGAGUAGGAAUGGUCAAGAAAAUGAAACGAGUUGAACGAUCAGAAUCACGUACUGUAGCUAAGAAAUGCCCAGAAUGCGAACAACAGUGUCCUGUUGCAAUAAGAGCUUGUACCAACUGUGGCUAUACCUUUUCUAAAACAAGACCACAAAGCAGAGCUCAGUCUAAGUCUAGAAAUGCUAGCACUUCAAGCACAUCACAUAAAUCUACAAAAGAAUUGAAAGAAUCAAAAGGGUCCACAACCCCAAGUUCCACAGCAAGCACGCCGCCAGAGACAGAUUCAAAUAUAGAAAAAGUUGGAAGGAGGUUCCGCACAAAACGCAUGCGACCAGAUUAUUUUAAUUCUCUGGAAUUAGAAUACGCAUCUCGAACAUUCAGACAGAGAAAGCCUAAAGAGGAUAAAGAUCUAAAAGGAAAAAAGAAACGCGGAAGACCAAAAGGCACAACAGGAAUUCCACGUAGACCUAGGGAAGAGAAGAAAAAAGAGGAAGAAGAGCCAAAGCCAUUGCCUGAGUUGGAUGAUGUGUAUGUUAACUUUUCACAAGAAAGAUUGCAGCAGUUUUCAAUUAUUCUUGAUGAAAUUAACUUUAAAAUGACAAGUACAAUGUUUAAGCCUGUUUAACUUUAAAAUAUCAUUUAUGUACUAAGUGUUGUUGCUUACUUGAAAAUCUGAACUUGUUUAUUUAAUUUUUUGAGAAUUAAAAAUUCUUGUGAUUAAUACAUUUUUUUAUAUUUAAGGCUAUAGGGCUACUUAGCACAUUUGUAAAAAAAAAUGAUAAUGUUCAUUAAUGAAAUACAAAAAAAAAAAAGAAAUAAAUUUAUCAAAUGAUUAUCCUUUCAUCUCAAAAACAUUUUGUAACAUGAGCUACUACCAGAAAUAAUAUUUGCUUUAAUGAAGUCAAUGGGUGGAAAAAAGCUUUUUAACGUGUAACAAAUUUAAAAAGAUAUGCUUUGGUAAAGUGUUGAGACAGAUACCUGAUUCAAGAUAGGAAAGAUAAAAUGGCUGGGAAUAGAAUGCUAUUCUUUCAUUCUCUGAGGUUACAAAAUCAGGUGAACUCUAUUACAUCUGUCACAGUGAUUGUCAUGUCAAAAGGGUAACUUUCCUAUACUUUCAGUUGCUGUUUAUUCUUGCCUUCUCUAUGAAUAUAACAAAAUAUUUGUACAGCCUAAUAUUUGAAUGACUGAGAUCUAAAAUGGUUAAUAAUAUUUUUAUCUAUAAUGUACAAAUUUUGAAUUUUGACCUACUCAAUGACUUAUCUGAAUAAUUGGAUUGUACAAUUAUUUAAAUUAAAGAAUGUUUAGCAGAUUGGAUAUUAAUUGGAGCAACAUAUAUUUGUGUUAGUCUUGGUAAUUUUAUAUUCGUAUUACCUUAAAAAAAAAUUAGAAUAUAU